GUGCAACGCAACAGGGAAGACUGGCAACGCUCUGGAAAAGCCUGCGCGUUUUGACGGAGAAAGGAGGGCGGGCGGCAGCGAGGGAAUGGCUCAGAUGACGGGGCUUCUCUCGGCGGCCGCUUUGCCUCUGCGGCUCGCCGCCAGAACCUGGGGACGCUGUUUAGUCGGAGCCGCCAGACACCUCUCCAUGCCCGGCUACCGCGGCAUCGCUGUCCCGAAUAUCCCCCUGACUCCACCUAAGUUCUUGUCCUGCCAUGGGUCCUAUUUCUCUCAAAGAGUUUUUUAUUCCGCUGAUCCUAAAGAUGGGAAAGGUAAGGAGUCCGGUGGAGGUGGGAGGUCAGGAGGAGGGAAGAGAGGAGGCACUGGAGGGGGAAAAGACUGGUGGAGCCGCAUUCAGAAGGGUGACUUUCCAUGGGAUGAGAAGGAUUUCCGUUAUACAGCUGUUAUGGCUGCAGGGGCCUUAUCUGUUCUGCUGUUCCUCUACUUCAGAGACACUGGCAGGGAGAUCACCUGGAAGGACUUUGUCAAUCGCUACCUGGGCAGAGACAUGGUUGACCGAUUGGAAGUUAUAAAUAAACAGUAUGUUCGUGUCAUCCUGGUCCCCGGAGCUGACUCUUCAGACGGGAGCUAUGUCUGGUUCAACAUCGGCAGUGUGGACACCUUUGAGAGGAACCUGGAGGCAGCCCACAUGGAACUGGGCCUGGAACCGUCACACCGGGCUGCUGUGGUCUACAGCACUGAAAGCGACGGGUCAUUUUUAAUGAGCAUGAUCCCCACCUUACUACUUAUCGGCUUCCUGCUCUUCACCCUGCGGCGAGGACCAAUGGGGGGAGGCCCUGGUGGCGGUAGGGGAGGGCCGUUCAGCAUGGGUGAGUCGACGGCCAAGAUGAUGAAGGACAACAUUGAUGUGAAGUUUAAGGAUGUAGCUGGCUGUGAAGAAGCCAAGCUUGAGAUUCUGGAGUUUGUUAACUUUCUGAAAAACCCUCAGCAGUACCAAGACCUAGGAGCCAAGAUCCCCAAGGGAGCGGUUUUGUCUGGACCUCCUGGGACAGGGAAAACUUUGCUGGCUAAGGCCACAGCUGGGGAGGCCAAUGUUCCCUUCAUCACCGUCAAUGGUUCCGAGUUCCUGGAGAUGUUUGUGGGUGUCGGUCCUGCCAGGGUGAGGGACAUGUUUGCCAUGGCAAGGAAGAAUGCCCCGUGCAUCCUCUUCAUCGAUGAGAUUGAUGCUGUGGGAAGGAAGAGGGGUGGGGGCAACUUCGGAGGUCAGAGUGAACAGGAGAACACGCUGAACCAGCUGCUGGUGGAGAUGGACGGGUUUAACACAGCUACCAAUGUAGUGGUCCUGGCUGGUACCAACAGACCUGACAUCCUGGAUCCUGCACUCAUGAGACCGGGACGCUUUGACAGGCAGAUUUAUAUAGGUCCUCCUGACAUCAAAGGCAGAGCCUCCAUCUUCAAAGUCCACCUGCGACCCCUCAAACUAGAUGCCAAAAUGGAUCCAGAUGCUCUUGCCAGGAAAAUGGCCGCUGCUACUCCAGGUUUCACGGGAGCUGACAUUGCUAACGUGUGUAAUGAAGCUGCUCUGAUCGCUGCCAGACACCUAAACCCGGCUGUGAACCCGAAGCACUUUGAGCAGGCUAUCGACCGGGUCAUCGGAGGUUUGGAGAAGAAGACCCAGGUUCUGCAGCCUACAGAGAAGAAGACGGUGGCCUAUCAUGAGGCUGGUCAUGCCAUCGUCGGCUGGUUCCUGCAGCAUGCAGACCCACUUCUUAAGGUAUCCAUCAUCCCCAGGGGAAAAGGACUGGGUUAUGCCCAGUAUCUGCCCAAGGAGCAGUACCUGUACACCAAGGAGCAGCUGUUUGACAGGAUGUGCAUGAUGCUGGGAGGCCGUGUGGCAGAGCAGGUCUUCUUUGAAAAGGUCACCACGGGGGCGCAGGACGACCUGAAGAAGGUCACCCAGUCUGCCUAUGCUCAGGUGGUGCAGUUCGGGAUGAGUGAAAAAGUGGGCCAAGUGUCAUUUGAGCUGCCCCGGCAGGGGGAAAUGUUGAUGGAGAAGCCUUAUAGUGAGGCCACAGCGGAGCUGAUUGACCAGGAGGUGCGGGAAAUGGUGGACCAGGCCUACCAGAGGACACUGGAGCUCAUCUCGGAGAAGAAGGACUUGGUGGAGAUGGUAGGAAAGCGUCUGCUGGAGAAGGAAGUGUUGGACAAGGCGGACAUGGUGGAGCUGCUCGGCCCACGGCCGUUUGACGAGAAGUCUACGUACGAGGAGUUUGUGGAGGGCACAGGCAGCUUUGAAGAGGACACCAGCCUGCCCGACGGCCUCAAAGACUGGAACCAGGAGAGAGGAGAUGGCCUCGAGGAGGCAGCCCCAGCCCAGGAUAAACAGGCAGCUUAGAGCAAAGUGCGACCUAGGACAGUGGUUGGUCCUGAGGAUGACUCUGACACCAAAUGACAAUUAUUUUUUCUCUUCAGAAUGUUUUUACUGAUUUCAUUAUUAGCUCAAGGAGACUUGUGGCAGCAUAUAUUCAUCAUUUCACAAGAAAAAAUACUUUCUCAAAAAAAAAAAAAAAAAAAAGGGACAUUGCAUAAAUAUUCUGGUGACCCCUUUCGUGGUCCAGACCCCCCCCCCCCCCACAUACAUGUCGUAUGCUGGACUGAAGAUGAUGCUGGGUGGGCUGAAAGACAUUUGUUACAUUGUCUGAUGAUGCUGUGAGAGUGAGAAUUUCUCCAAUGCCUUAAUAUUCAGGAAGCAGAAAAUGUUGCCACGUUUGUGAAAUAUUGAAGGCGAACAGUAACCACAGUGGACGCAGCUCUAACUGAGAGACCGGCUCCUCGGAGGAAUCUUACUGUUUUCUUUUUCCUAUGUGUAAAUCAGCUUCUUUUACACCAAGCAAAAAGAUGGAUUUUCUUUUGGUGACUAUAUAAAUACUUAUUUAUUUCUUUAACAGUGUUUUACCCCCUGACUGCUGAAAGGCACCGCGACAGUAUCUGCUAGUUAAUGAAUGUGCAAAAAGCUCUAAAGGGGGAUAUUUUUUCUUUCCAUCUCAAUUCCAAGAUUUGAUAUGAUUUAUUUUUUUUCAGAGUUGAUUUGAUUGAAAGCAAAUUUUAGUUUUGCCAAAAGGAUUUAUAACAUUUUACUAGAGCUUUUCAGAAAUACAAAGGUUAAUCCAAAAGUUUUUCUUGUAUGUGAUUUUGUAAAAAGAAAUUGCUGGCAAAUCCGGUUUGGUCGGGCGUCCCUAAAGACACAGUUGGCCCUGUCUGCGGGUGGGAAGCCGGAUGUGGGUACAUGCCCUGGUUGCUGCACUAGCGCCUCCUCUGGUUGGUCGGGAUGCCUGUUGGGGGGGGGGGGGGGCUGGGGGGAAUGGCAUGAUCCUCCCACGCACUACGUCCCCCUAUCGAAACUUGUCACUGUUAGGUGAAAAGAAGCAGCUGGCGACUCCACAUGUAUCGGAGGAGGCAUGUGGUAGUCUGCAGCCCUCCCCGGAUCAGCAGAGGGGGUGGAGCAGCAAUUGGGACUGCUCGGAAGAGUGGGGUAAUUGGCCAAGUACAAUUGGGGAGAAAGGGGGAAGAAAAAAUUGCUGGCAAAUCGCAUAUAAAACCAAUCUUAAGUCUCCAGUUUGAUUAAGUUUAAAUGUGUGAAGCUGAACAGUAGAACCAAAAGAGUUUGAAUUUGUUUUACAGUAACAAGGCUCAGCGUUUUCUGUUUUUACCGAUUUUCACCCAAAAAUACCCAGAUUUUUUUAAAAGGAGCAGAUCGGUUUAAACUGAUUUCCGCCCGGAUUUUAUGUUUCCACGGAUCCAAAAGUUGUUCCUGUUCGUGUGUGGUUAUGUAACAGUAUCCUCUUGUGGCGAAAUUCGGCAUGCUGGAUGGCAUUGAAAAAUAAAAACUGAAAACGCUGAGCCUUGUACAUUAACAACCUUUUGGUGCUGUCAAAAGCCUGGUCUAACCGCCUCCGUGCUUGUAAAUGAAUGACUGUACUAAGUCAGCGUGACGAAGACCUGUUGAGUCUGUGGCUGUUUGUGACUUCCUCUGUGGAUCCCUCAUCAGUUUAGGGAGUUUGGGUUGAUUCUCAGGGAAGGACCUGCAGAGGCCACUGUACAUGUAAUGUUCUACACAAAGCAGUAGCCUCUACCCUUUUUAACCAGCCAGCCAGGAGAUGAACAGAUGACGACCACGCUGUGACUUAAGUCAUUUUGCGGAACAUGGACGUGCAGCCGGUGAGGAUCAGGAUCGGUUUUUGCAGAGUACUGUACAUGUACGGGAAUUUGUCUUGGUGUCAUUGCUGCUGACGUGGUGUGUGUAGCUCUCAAAGCCUUGUGAAGAUGUUUCAGUUUAAGGACUGAAUGCUCGAGAUAAGCUGCCUCUUUAAGCUCUGCCUGGUUGAGUCACUGAGAGUUUGAUAGUUUUCACACACAACCAUUGAAUUUAAGAAGCCAUACGGGAGGUACCAAGUAAUUCUUGCUCACAGAAACACUGAAUAUUACACGUGAGGAUCACCGGUGAGGACUGCGACUGACAGAGGUCGGGGUAUUCCUCUGAAGUGUUUGUGAAUUGUAGAUUUGAAUAUUUAGUAUUGAGGUCAAAUUGGGAGUCUGCUGGAUGGAGCGUUUUAUUAUCCUGCUGCAAGAGAGUUAAGUUUUGCACGUGAUUAAAUCUUUGGCGACGGCUAUGUGUCAAAGUGUAUUUGUUCGGCCAAUAAA